AUGACGAUGCUCCUGGACGGAGGCCCGCAGUUCCCCGGGCUGGGAGUGGGCAGCUUCGGCGCGCCGCGCCACCACGAGAUGCCCAACCGCGAGCCGGCGGGCAUGGGGCUGAAUCCCUUCGGGGACUCGCCCCACGCCGCCGCCGCCGCCGCCGCCGCCGCCUUCAAGCUGAGCCCCGCGGCGGCUCACGAUCUGUCUUCGGGCCAGAGCUCUGCGUUCACGCCGCAGGGCUCGGGUUACGCCAACGCCCUGGGCCAUCAUCACCACCACCAUCACCAUCAUCACCACGCCGGCCAGGUGCCCAGCUACGGCGGUGCCGCCUCCGCCGCCUUCAACUCCACGCGCGACUUUCUGUUCCGCCAGCGCGGCUCCGGACUCGGUGAGGCGGCCUCGGGUGGCGGGCAGCACGGGCUCUUCGCCGGCUCGGCGAGCAGCCUGCACGCUCCAGCUGGCAUUCCCGAGCCCCCUGGCUACCUGCUCUUCCCCGGGCUGCAUGAGCAGGGCGCCGGGCACCCGUCGCCCACAGGGCACGUGGACAACAACCAGGUCCACCUGGGCCUGCGCGGGGAGCUGUUCGGCCGCGCCGACCCGUACCGCCCGGUGGCGAGUCCGCGCACGGACCCUUACACGGCCGGCGCGCAGUUCCCUAACUACAGCCCCAUGAACAUGAACAUGGGCGUGAACGUGGCGGCCCACCACGGGCCCGGCGCCUUCUUCCGUUAUAUGCGGCAGCCCAUCAAACAGGAGCUGUCGUGCAAGUGGAUCGACGAGGCUCAGCUGAGCCGGCCCAAGAAAAGCUGCGACCGGACCUUCAGCACCAUGCACGAGCUGGUGACACAUGUCACCAUGGAGCAUGUGGGGGGCCCGGAGCAGAACAACCACGUCUGCUACUGGGAGGAGUGCCCUCGCGAGGGCAAGUCCUUCAAGGCGAAGUACAAACUGGUCAACCACAUUCGAGUGCACACGGGCGAGAAACCCUUCCCCUGCCCCUUCCCGGGCUGCGGGAAGAUCUUUGCCCGCUCCGAGAACCUCAAGAUCCACAAGAGGACCCACACAGGUGAGAAACCGUUCAAAUGUGAAUUCGAAGGCUGCGACAGACGCUUUGCCAACAGCAGCGACCGCAAGAAGCACAUGCAUGUGCACACCUCGGACAAGCCCUAUAUCUGCAAAGUGUGCGACAAGUCCUACACGCACCCGAGCUCCCUGCGCAAGCACAUGAAGGUUCAUGAAUCUCAAGGGUCAGAUUCCUCCCCUGCUGCCAGUUCAGGCUAUGAAUCUUCCACUCCACCCGCUAUAGCUUCUGCAAACAGUAAAGAUACCACUAAAACCCCUUCUGCAGUUCAAACUAGCACCAGCCACAACCCUGGACUUCCUCCCAAUUUUAACGAAUGGUACGUCUGA